GUAUCCCACAGGCUUGGCUGCCAAGUCUGAUGUGAAAUUGGGCGGACGCGCCGGAGAUGUCAAGGUCAUGGCUGUAGCACCGGGUGGUGCCGCUGCCACGGCUGGGGUUGUCGCCGGCCAUCGUCUGCUGUCUGUGAACGACCAUUCACCAGCUGUUGCCUCUGGCGCCAUUUUCGACGGCGUGAAAGACCAAGCGGUUUUGCUGGAGUUUAUCACUGUUGCCAGUUUCGACCUGACGCUGGAGUCUGCCAAAGCACUUCAGGAGUCCAUCGUCAUGGAGACGCGGCACUAUGCGCCUCCGAAGGGCCCCUUCGUCUACGUCACGGAAGUUCGCAGCAGGACUGUGCAACAGGACCACAACAUAGACCGCGGCUUUCGCCUUCUGUCUGUCAACGGCGUAGAGGCCACGGAGUUCGCCGAGGAUCAACGAGGUGUCCUUGCGGCCAUCACCGAGCGCCUCGAGGCUCCCUAUGCCCUGCGAUUCCGGCAAAAUGGCCCCAAGUUCUUGUACCACGCCGGCUGUGGAUAUCUCUGCGAUGCUGGGCACAGCCUGCAGCCGCACUAUGUGGGAACGGCAAGCUGCCAGAAAGGGCACGUUCUCCAGGCCGUCUCCCUCGAAACGCUUUCAGAGACGUGCGGCACAGAGUUGAGCUGCGAUGCCUGCUGUGAAGCGAUCUUCGGGCCGGCGCGGCCAACAGAUCACUCCUAUGCUUGCCUGGAUUGCCUCCGAGAGCGCCAGGAUCCUCCUGCCAAGGCUGAGCCCCGCAAAGUGGACACAGGACAGAGCUACCAGAUCCUCUGCCCAACAUGCACGUGGAAGCUUUAUCGGAAGGGCUCGACAGAGUCGCCGUACAAGCACCUGGGACAAGUCAGUUGCCAAGCCUGCGACCGAACCGAUCUGGGCCCAGAUGCCCCCAAGGACGGACCGGCGCUCUCCGACGCCCGGAGCUUCUACCACUGCGAGGAGUGUUGGAGCACCGGCGCGAAGAACGACCUUUGCUACCUGUGUGCACUGCGACAGCUGAAGUGUACCAGCGGCCAUGAUCUAGAUCCCCUCCUUGCUAGCCCCUUCGCAGAGAAUCUGCACUGCGCCGUUUGCCUGGCGAACUUGGAUGCCGAGGAGGAGGCAUAUCACUGCCGGGAUUGCUGGUGGCUGAGGGGCGUACGCCUCGAUCGUUGCGUCUCCUGCGCGGGUCAGAAUCAAAUCAGGUACACCUUGGACAACGACGCGCGCUUGCAGGUGGUGCCGGGCAAUUCCCCGGCAGGCGAAAUCACCUGGAAGAGGCCCUACGAACCGGUGGCACACACCAGGAUACGAGGUCCGGACGGCGAUGUCCAGCUCGACGUACGGCUGAAACUGCUUGGCCUGAUCUAUCCCAUGGGCACGCGGCUCAGCCUCUCCUCGCUCUUUGACCACCGCGAAGCGACCAUCACUAAUCUCCACGAGACGGGCAAGUAUGUUCUCAGCCUCGACGGGGAUCGGAAGCCACUUGUGUUUGAGCCAGACCUGACGAAUCACGUCCCUGCCGGGGGUUGGAGAUAUUAUCCCGGACAGAAGCUGGUGGUCUGCGUGAAAGGUCUCUGGCGCGAGUUCAAGGUUCACAGUCUUGGAGAGUACGGGUCGCUCCACAUGCUGGAGGAGACUGGGCCGAAAGAUCCGUCAAAGAGGCAGCGAGUGGAGGUGAACUUGAACAGCUACAACCAUACGCCUGCGUGGUUGUCUGCGAGCGAGUGGUGGAGCGAGCUAUGCCGAUGGGAGGAUCAUCUCGUCGCUGGAACUCUGGCCACAGAUGCAUUGACAGCCCAGCCUGCUGAAUUGCUUUCCUUCGAGUGGUGCCUGGUCGAUGAUGAGUCGCUCCGCGAGCCUGCAGCGGGUUCCUGCACCUUCGGCGAUGGGAUUUUCAUGCAUCGUUCAGCCCUGGGGCCUUCGCCUGGCAAGCUCUGGGCUUUUCUCCACCGGCUCACACAGAACUCCCCGGCCCGGGAGAAGGGACAGUUUACCGCACGGGAGGUCGUGCUGGUGCUCGGGCCCGUGGCAUCUGGAAAGACACGGCUCCUUCAACGACUGGCCGUAGAGGCUGUGAAAGCACAUGACAGCGAGAUGGUGCCGUUUAUCGUGCCCGCUUCCCGCCUUCUCCUGGUGAUUAGCAUCGCCACCAAGACGUCGACCGAGACGGCCUACAUGAAGCGCCAUUCCCGCGCCUACAGCAAGGAGUCCGAGCAGAUCUGCCUAAAGCGCCUGGCAGAUACAGAUUUCCUCUUGAUCUACAUUCGUGUGAUGUUUGGGGCCGACAGCCGAACGACGCAGUUUCUUCGCCAGGCGCUGCACUCGCGGCGGCUCCUCCUUCUCGUGGACUCGUUGGAGCAUUGUCCGAUCACCUUGCAAAAUCCGUUGCUGAACGGCUUAGCGCGAUUGGCCGUCGCCGGGCAUCGC